AUGGCGGUCCGCGCGCAAUUCGAGAACUCCAACGAAGUCGGCGUCUUCUCGACCCUCACCAACUCGUACGCCCUCGUCGCCGUCGGCGCCUCGGAGAACUUCUACUCCGUCUUCGAAGCCGAGCUGCAAGACGUCGUCCCCAUCUGCCACGCGACCAUCGCCGGCACGCGCAUCGUCGGCCGCCUGACGGCCGGCAACCGCAAGGGCUUGCUCGUCCCCACCUCUACCACCGACCAGGAGCUGCAGCACCUGCGCAACAGCAUCCCCGACGGGGUGCGCAUCCAGCGCAUCGAGGAGAGGCUUUCCGCUCUCGGUAAUGUGAUUUGCGCCAACGACCACGUCGCGCUCGUGCACCCGGACAUCGAGCGCGAGACGGAGGAGAUCAUUGCGGACGUGUUGGGCGUCGAGGUCUUCAGGCAGACGGUCGCGGAUAACGUGCUGGUGGGCAGCUAUAUGAGCUUGAGUAAUCAGGGUGGUAUUGUGCACCCGAAGACGAGCAUUCAGGAUCAGGAUGAGCUGUCGAGCUUGCUGCAGGUGCCGCUGGUGGCGGGUAGCGUGAACAGAGGCUCGCCGGUCGUCGGCGCGGGGAUGGUGGUGAAUGAUUGGAUGGCUGUUACUGGCCUCGACACCACGGCGACAGAGCUUUCCGUCAUCGAGUCCGUCUUCCGCCUCGGCGAGGGCAUGGGCCCCGGCGCCAUCAACACCACCAACAAGGAGACCAUGGUCGAGUCCUUCUACUAA